CCGCCGCCGCGGCUCCCGAGCUGUCAGUGCGCAGGCAGCGCCGCGGCCCCGCGCCGAGCCCCAACGGCCGCCAACCGCCGCCAACGGCCGCCAACCGCCGCCGCGGGGCGGCAGCAGAUACAAUGAUGACUCUGAAGGUUCAGAUUCUGAUUGGCUUCCUCUGGUGCAUGAUUUUAAUGCACACAGAUGGCUUCCCAGUAGACAGCAAUACUGAAUUUCGCUCUGCUUUCUCGGUGGCCCGAACCAGCAGCAUGGAAGGGAGCUCUGAGAUGGUCAUAACCUUUGACAAAGUGUAUGUGAACAUUGGCAAUGACUUUGAUCCCAAGACUGGGUUGUUCCGGUGUCGGAUUCCUGGAGCCUACUACUUCUCCUUCACAGUUGGGAAAUACCCAAAGAAAAACUUGUCUGUCAUGCUGAUGAGAAACAAGAAUGAGGUGCAAGUGAUUGUGUAUGAUGAACAUCACCGCAAGGAACGGAAGGUAGCCAGCCAGAGUGCCAUGCUGCAGCUUGACUAUGGUGACACAGUCUGGCUGCGUUUACAUGGAGACCCCAAGUAUGCUCUUUACAGCAAUGUGGGCCCCUAUACAACUUUCAAUGGCUACCUAAUCUAUCCAGACACUUCUGCCUUCUUCCAAAAUGCUCUUAGCUCUCAAGAGCUGGGGCCUUCCCGUCACAAUAUUCAGCAGCUUCCAGGAGAGCAGAAUGAAGCUUCCCAGCGACACAUGUUGUCUGAUCAGCCGAAGAGGGAGCAAGACCCUCGCUCUGCGUUUUCUGUUGCUCGCUCACAAAGUCUCCUGGGGACAGACGACAAGCAAACCCAGCAUGAGCCGAUCACAUUUGACACGGAGUUUGUGAAUAUUGGGAAAGAUUUCAAUUCUUCCACUGGCAUCUUCUCAUGCCGCAUACCUGGUGCAUACUAUUUCUCCUUCACCAUUGGCAAAAUGCCCUUUAAGACCAUGUCAGUGAAACUUAUGAAGAACCACAAUGAGGUGCAGGCCAUGAUCUACGAUGACAACCACUCCAAGAGGCGGGAGAUGCAGAGCCAGAGUAUCAUGCUGCCUCUGCAAUACGGGGACACUGUCUGGCUCUACAGCCAUCAGCAUGAUGGCUACGGUGCCUACAGCAACCAUGGCAAGUACAUCACCUUCACAGGCUUCCUGAUCUAUUCCGAGGCUCAGCCAAAGCGGCUCCCAGGUGCCAGCUCACUCCAAGGGUCAGAAAAUUAAAUGCAGAUGUGAAAGGAGCAUAAGAAAAGCCAAGGUGCCAUGAACUUGGGUAUAGCUCCUCUUCGGAUAUCAUCCUCUACUUUGAGCAUGCUAUCAUGUGUCCAGUGCUUUCCUUAUGCUGCACGCUUGUGCCUGACUGCAGGGCCAUUGCUGUGUCUGUCUUUCAUCCAUAGAAAGGUCUUUACAGGAUGUAUGUGUGUGUCCAGUGUUGGUGUUUGAUUUAAGCAUAAAGCAUGAGGUAGUUAGGGGCAGGGGUGGGGCGAUGUAGUGAAAUGCCAAGGAUCAGAGAAACACUGCAGUAAUGCUACUGCAGAUCCCUAGCAUCCAGAAAGCAAAGGAUGUGGUGACUUUCCUUGCAUAUCUGUUAAGGGAAUAAAUGUAAUGAAAUUGAAUGUAAUAAAAAAUACAAAAUAUG